ACGUCUCUGGAGCACAAUGUCAUGGUGUUCCUAGCAGUUUUUAUGAAGUGAACUGUACAUUCUGUCUGUCAUGGCUGUUGAGACCUUACCAAGAACGUAAAAGGAAACAGAAAUCAGCAGUGGAGUAUCUGUGCACACCUAGUUCGUCCCAGGCUGGUCCUAGUCUUGGGAGAGUGAUGCCGCUUCCCGACACCUUAUUCUGCGCGCAGCAGAUCCACAUCCCACCGGAACUGCCGGACAUCCUGAAGCAGUUCACCAAGGCAGCGAUCCGCACCCAGCCAGCCGACGUGCUGCAGUGGGCCGCGGGGUAUUUCUCAGCGUUGUCAAGAGGAGAUCCACUUCCUGUAAAGGACAGAAUUGAAAUGCCCGUGGCCACUCAGAAAACAGAUACUGGCCUGACUCAAGGAAUGCUCAAAGUGCUGCACAAGCAGUGUAGCCACAAGCAAUACGUGGAAUUAGUCGACCUUGAACAGAAAUGGAGAAGUUUGUGCCUGCCAAUGGAAAAAUUCAGAGCUCUCAUGCAAUUGGAUCCUUGUGAAUACAGAAUCGAGUGGAUAAAAUUUUUAGCACUUGGAUGUAGCAUGCUUGGUGGGUCCUUGAACACCGCGAUGAAGAACCUGUGCGAGAUCCUGACCCAGGACCCGGAGGGGGGGCCUGCGCGCAUCCCCUUCAAGACUUUCUCCUACGUCUACCGCUACCUGUCCAGCCUGGACUCGGAUAUUGCUACUUCGGAAACGGAAGCCUAUCUCGCCUCGCUGAAGGACAGCAUAGACAAUAGAAAGAAUGGCAUGAUAGGACUUAUGGAUUUCUUCGUCAUAACGAGGAAAAUGUAAAAAAUCUCAAAUAGAAAACUCAGAAGACAUGCCAUUAAUACAGAGAAAAACACAUUUUAAUGUCGAAAGAGUGUGUUUUAAAACCUUGGCACCAAUUACAACUUGUCAUUAACCACAUGCAGACCUUGCGUGAGUUUUUCUGGUGAUGGAAGUUGAGUGUGACCAGUGAGUCCGGGAGGGGGGCCUAUUUAAUGAUUGCUGUUCACUGUGUCCUUGUAAGAACCUUCAAGGUGAAUCACUCCUAGUAGUAAAAUGAUCUGUUUGACUGAAACAAUCUGUUCGGAAGCUGCGGAGCGGGGAGGAGGAUGGGCAGCUUAAACCCGGCCAUCCUGGUUUUCCGUGGGAAACUCUUUAUGCCCUGGCAGCUGCGCCCAAGACAGGCCAGGGGAGCACCCUGGCCAAAGCUGGGUCUUCUCUGGGAGAGGCAGGCCUGGGAGCUUGCGCUCACUGAAGGGCAUCUACGGCCUCGAAGCAAACUGGACAAGCAGUGUGGACCCGCACUCGGUCCACUGAACAGGACUACUGUGCAAGGAAAUAACACCCGGGCAGUUUUCCCGAGAGCUGGGGGAUGGUUUGGCUCCUUGGUUCUGUGCCACUGGCCGCCUUGCUAAUCAAUGUUAGCACAGUGAAAACCCAGAGUUAGGAGGAAGGUUUUGCUGUUAUCUAAAAGUGUGUAGUUUUUUUUUUUUUUUUGCACUUAGGUGUGUAAAGUAUAUUUUUCAUCUGGACACUAAACUCCCUUAUUUGAGAUGAUCAUUUGCCUGGACUUUUGGUCACCAUCCCAGUAAAUAGACAACAUAUAGAGAUUACUGAGAAAUUUACAAGUAACUUUUGGAGUUUCUAAAAGCUUUUACAAUUUUUAAGUUGCUUUAAACCUUCUAAAAUCUUGACUGCCCCCCCCCCAAAUUAAAAUAUCUCCCCCAGCUGUAAUGCCUCAAUACAUGGGGCUCAGAAAAAAAGAAACCUUAGGUUUUCGUAAGCGCAGUUGUAAGUCACGGCGUGAAUAAACAUGUGGAGGGGAGCAGGCUGCAGGAAAGGCUGUGCGAUAGAACCCAGAAUGGUGUUGUGCUUGAGACAGAAAGUUGGCCACCCCAGGAGCGCACACAGGACGUUUGCAUUUUAUGAAGAUGCUCUGGCCUAUCAGGAGACAGAAAAGGAGAGUUUAAUAGAAUUAACAGCUUCCCCUCAGGUGGGACAGUGAGGGAACCGAGGACUCAGGAGAGCCUCCCGACCCCCAGGCUGGCCCUGGACUGCACAGUCAGAGAGUCCUGGAGCCCUCGAGGUCUGCGGGGCUCCCCAGGUGAACCAAAAGGGAAGCCGGAAGCCGAAAGGGACGUGUGCUGUGCCUCUCCCCCUCCCCCCGCCUUCUUGCGUGUCCCUCCAGGGCUAGAUGAACAUGGACCUAGCUGGCGAGGAGCUGUGAGUAUAGAGGCCACAGAGGAGCUUGUUUGAACAUGCAAGUCCUCAGGGAACCCUUCCUUCGUGGGGAGUCUGCUGGAGGAAGAGAGCCAGGCAACCAGAAAGGCUGGAGAGGGCACCAUGAGACCGUGGGAGCAGGGAGUAUUGCUUACCUGUGCAGCUAAGACCAGAAUUCAUUUUCCUUGGUUUUCGAAGUGGACUCUCACCAGAGGCCCAGGAGGUGGCCGCAGAAGUAGAAUUAAUCCGCUUGUCUAGGGGACUGACCCAGGACUGAGAGGCCAAGAGCAGCAUCCUGGCCCCGUGCUGCCCCAGAGCUCGGGCCGCCCACCUGACUGGCUCUCCGUGAGACCCAGACUGAAGCACUGUUCCCAGCAGCAUGUGGGCACCAAGUGCUGAGCACUGAGUGGAUAGCUGCAGAGACCUGAGGUGACACAGCCUGUCUCCAAAGGGAAACAUGGUGGCCACGUGAAGUGGACAGAGCACAGGACUCUGAGAGUCAAGAUUCUCAGCACUUGCAGAAAUGUCUUUAAUGCUGAAAAGUGAAGAAGGAGGUGGCAGGUGUGACUAACAACACAGUCCUCGUGCAUCUGCUAGGGAAUACAUUUUUUCCCCCUCCAACGUAACAAAUUAGAACCCAUCUGGGAUUUGAGAAGUCUGAGCUAAGGUUUCCUGGAUCUGUUUGCCUAUGAAGCAGUAAUGAAAAGUGAAGGAGAUGAAGAAAAGUGAAAAAAAUGAUGAGUUUAAAGAACCCUUGUGUGACAAGUGGAACAAAGGCUUGUGAAUUUUUAUACAUUUUUUUCUGGCAUAAGACGGUGCCGUUUAAGGAUAUGGGGAGACCGAGGAUUAAAAUAAAGACCUGAAAAUAAUUGGACUCAUU